AUGGGUCGACAUUUGUCGAAUAAAGUUCGAUGCACCUUCUCUGAUGGAAAUUCGGGCUUUUUACGAGCAGCGCGAGCAGGAAAUCUUGAGAAGGUUUUGGAAUACCUUCGUUCAUCAAUUGAUAUAAAUACUAGCAAUGCUAAUGGAUUAAAUGCACUUCAUUUAGCAUCAAAGGAGGGUCAUGUAAAUAUUGUGCAAGAGCUCCUUUCACGUGGUGCCAAUGUCAAUGCAGCAACGAAGAAAGGAAAUACAGCUCUUCAUAUUGCAUCAUUGGCUGGUCAAGAAGAAGUCGUCAAACUUUUAGUUAAACAUAGUGCUAAUAUUAAUUGUCAAUCACAAAAUGGAUUCUCUCCUUUAUAUAUGGCUGCACAAGAGAAUCAUCUCGAUGUAGUUAAAUUUCUGCUCGCUAAUGGCGCUAAUCAAAGUCUAGCAACUGAGGAUGGAUUUACACCUUUGGCUGUUAGUCUUCAACAAGGACAUGAUAAAGUGGUUGCUAUACUUUUAGAAAAUGAUUCAAAAGGUUCUAAAGUUCGUUUACCAGCAUUACAUAUUGCCGCGAAAAAGAAUGAUACCAAGGCUGCCGCAUUAUUAUUACAAGGCGAUAGUCAACCAGAUCUUAAUUACAAGGGAGGAGGUUUUGUUAAUUGUACAACAAAGUCUGGCUUUACUCCGUUACAUAUUGCAGCACAUUAUGGAAAUUUAGAAGUAGCUCAAUUAUUGAUUAGUCGUGGUGCGGAUGUCAAUUAUGCAGCUAGUCAAAAUAUUACACCACUUCAUGUUGCAUCGAAAUGGGGUAAAGAUAAAUUAGUUCGAUUAUUACUUGAAAAGAAUGCAAAUAUUGAUGUUAAAACAAAAGAUGGUCUUACACCUUUACAUUGUGCUGCUCGAUCCGGUCAUGAUCAAGUUGUUGAUUUAUUACUUGAAAAUGGUGCUCCAUUUGGUGCAAAAACAAAAAAUGGUCUCUCGGCUCUUCAUAUGGCUGCCCAAGGCGAUCAUGUUGAUGCAGCACGUAUUCUACUGUAUUACAAAUCGACACUUGUCGAUGAUGUUAGUUCGGAUUAUCUUUCACCAUUACACGUCGCAUCUCAUUGUGGAAAUUAUAAUGUUGCCAAACUUUUAUGUGAACGUCGUGCUGAUGUAAAUGCAAAAGCAUUAAAUGGUUUUUCAUGUUUACAUAUAGCAUGUAAAAAAAAUCGUUUAAAACUUGUCGAAUUAUUAAUAGCCAAUGGUGUUGAUAUUGAAGCUAAAACUGAAUCAGGUUUAACUAGUUUACAUGUCGCAUCAUUUGUUGGUAGUCAUGAUAUUGUUGUAUAUUUAUUACAACAUGGUGCAAAUAUAAAUGCAACAACAAUACGUGGUGAAACACCAUUACAUUUAGCAACACGUAAUAAUCAAAUUGAAGUUGUUCAAACAUUACUUCGUUAUGGAGCAUUAGUUGAUACAAAAGCAAAAGAAGCACAAACAUGUUUACAUUUAGCAACACGUUUGGGAAAUAUUGAAAUUGUUAAAUUAUUAUUACGAGCUAACACACAUGUUGAUAGUACAACAAAAGAUGGAUAUUCAAGUUUACAUAUAGCAGCGAAAGAAGGACAUGAUGAAAUAGCAAAUCUAUUAAUUGAACAUGGAGCUAAUUUAAAUUUAUUUACUAAACGUAAUUUUUCUGCAUUACAUAUCUGUAGUAAAUAUGGUAAUAUUAAAGUUGCUAAUCUUCUGUUACAAAAAGGAGCUGUAUCAGAUAUACAAGGCAAAAAUGAAUUAACACCAUUACAUUGUGCUGUUCAUUAUAAUCAUGGAAAUAUUGCUUUACUUUUAUUACAACAUGCUGCUAGUCCACAUGUAACAGCACGUAAUGGUUAUACUCCAUUACAUAUAGCUGCAAAGAAGAAUGCGCUUGAUAUUGCUGAAACGUUAUUAGAAUAUAAUGCAAAUACCAAUGCACAAUCAACUGGUGGUUUUACACCAUUACAUUUAAGUUGUCAAGAUGGUCAUGUUGAUAUGACUAUUUUACUUUUAGCUAAUCAUGCUAAUCCGAAUAUUGAAUCAAAAUGUCAUUUAACACCUUUACAUUUAUGUGCACAAGAAGAUCGAGUUAAAUGUGCUGAAGCAUUAGUUAAUAAAAAUGCUAAUAUCAAUGCUCAAACACUUAGCGGUUAUACAAGUUUACAUGUUGCUUGUCAUUUUGGUCAAAUAAAUAUGGUUCGAUAUUUAAUCCAACUCGGUGCCAAUGUUGAUAUGGAAACAAAUCUUAUGUUCACACCACUUCAUUCAGCUGCUCAACAAGGACAUGUUAUGAUAGUUAAAUUACUACUUGAACAUGGUGCUUCACCAAAUAAAACAAAUAAACAUGGAAUGACUGCUCUAUCAAUUGCACAACGUCUUGGUUAUAUAUCUGUUGUUGAAGAACUUAAAGUUGUUACGGAAACAACUGUUUCAAGUAAACAAGAAUCAUUAAGCGAAGAACGUUAUAAAAUUCAAGCACCCGAAGUAUCUCAUGAAGAACAUCCAUUAACUGAUUCAGAUGAUGAAACAGAUAUGCUUGGUGAUGGUAGUUCAAAUGUUCAUAUGCAAUAUUUACGUGAAGGUGUAUUAAUGAAUGAAACAGAUGAAACUAAUAAACUUAAUCAAACAUCAUUUAUUAAAGAAGAAUCGGAAUAUCCAAUAUUAGCAACAAAAGAUAAUUGGAAUGAAAGUCGAGAUAAUUUACAUGAACAACAAACACCAAUUAAAAUACAACAAUCAUUGAUUCCCGAUAAUGAAGCCAUAACUCGACCACGUCAUGGAGGGGAACGUUUUCAUUGUCGAUCAUUUUUGGUAAGCUUCUUGGUUGAUGCUCGUGGUGGUGCAAUGCGUGGAUGUCGACAUUCAGGUGUACGAGUUAUUAUACCACCUAAACGUGCUAGUAUGCCAACAAGAAUUACAUGUCGUUUUGUUAAACGUGAUAAAUUAACGGUACCACCACCAUUAAAUGAAGGUGAAGCAUUAGCAGCACGAGUUUUAGAAGUUGGACCAGUUAACUGCAAAUUUCUUGGGCCUGUUAUUCUUGAAAUUCCUCAUUUUGCUUCACUACGAAAUCGUGAACGUGAAAUAAUCGUUUUACGAAGUGAUAAUGGUGAAAAAUGGACUGAACAUACAGGUCCAACAACAGAUGAAGCUGUACGAGAAAUACUCGGUGAUCUUGUUGAAACUGAAGGUCUUGAAACUAUUGAAGAACUUACAUCACGUCGAAUAACACGUAUAAUAACAAAUGAUUUUCCACGUUUCUUUGCAUUAAUAACACGUUUACGUCAAGAAGCAAAUUUUAUUGAUGAACAAGGUGGUUCAUUAACAUCAACAAUAAUUCCAACAUGUCAAGCUCAUAUACCCGAAAAAGCUUUACAAAAACGUAUACGAGUAUCACUUCAUGUUUUACCAAUAUCAUCUCAAAUUAUUCAACGUUCAUAUGGUACACGUGUGAAUGUCAGUCCUGUUGUUACUGUUGAACCACGUCGAAGAAAAUUUCAUAAACCAAUUACAUUAACAAUUCCAUUACCAGUAAAACCAACAAAACAAGGUCAAUCAAAAGAUUCACAACAACAACAUGGAAAUGCUUAUACUAGUGAUUCUCAAACAUUAAGAUUAUUAUGUAGUAUCACUGGUGGUACACAUGCUGCGCAAUUUGAUGAUAUUACAGGACACACACCAUUGACAUUUUCAAAUGACUGUGCUACAUUUACAACGACUGUUUCUGCUAGAUUCUGGUUAAUUGAUGCUCAAGGUGUUCCGGAUGUUAUUAAAUUAGCUCAUGAUAUUUAUCGUGAAGUAACAUCAGUACCUUAUAUGUCACGUUUUGUUGUAUUUGCUAAACGAAAUGAUCCAAAUGAAUCACUUGCUCGUAUAUUUUGUAUAACUGAUGAUAAAGAAAAUAAGACACUUGAAAUGCAAGAACAUUUCAUUGAAAUAGCUAAAUCAAAAGAAGUUGAAGUUGUUAAUGGAAAUACAAUUUAUUUGGAUUUACAAUCAAAUAAUUUACAAACAAUUACAAAAUCGAAUGAACAAUUAACAUUUGCAUUUCGAGCAUUUAGAGAAAAUCGUUUACCAUCCGUUAUUCGUAUACGUGAUCAACAACAAGAACCAUCAGGACGUUUAAUAUUUUCGAAAGAUAAUGGUAAAUUAAUAUCAUUACAAAGAACAUCAUCAUUAACAAUGACAAAUGGACAUUUACCAUCGAAUAAUAUCGUUGAUCCUCAAACAUUGCAAGCAAUUUGUAAUCUAAAUAUUGUUUUACCACCUUAUGAUAAAGAUGCAAUAGGCAAUGAAGAACGUCUUCGUACUCUUCAUUCAGUAGAACGUGAACCUCGUUCAGAAAGUUGGAGAUCAGAUGAUAUGUAUCGAAAAGGUGAAAUUCGUUUAACUGAUAUAUCGAAAUUACUUGGUACUGAGUGGCCAGCACUUGCAGCUGAACUUGAAUUAACUGAAGAAGAAGUUACGAAAUUAAUGGAUGAAUAUGGUCAAAAUGCUGCUUUACAUAUGUUACGUUAUUGGCUUAAAUCUCGAGGAACUGAAGCUACAGGUAAUUGUCUUCAACAAGCUUUACGUAAAAUUGGAAAAGAUAAUAUUGUUCAAAAUUGUGUAUUUAACAUUGAAUGGGUCACUGAUGCUGCAGAAAAAGAAGUAGCUAAAGCACGUUUAACAAGUCGUGGUGGAAGUGUUGAAGGAUCAACAACUGGUGCUCGUCGUUUAGAUGAAGGUUUUGAAAGUGAUGAAGAAUUUGAACGUCGUCGUUAUGGAAGAUCUAGUGAACGUGAUGGUCCUUUACAUUUUGUUGAUUCAAGUAAAGCACCAACACCAGCAUCACGUUAUGGUGGUUAUUAUUCUUCCUUUCAACCAUAUAAUAAAUCAGGUUCAAUAACACCAUUAAGUUGUUAUUCUCAUCCAUUUGAAAUGAUGCAUCUUGAAAGUUUAAGAGAUAAAUUAAAUCGUUUAACACGUGAUAAAGGAGAUCAUGAUGAUUCAUCAUUAAAACGACGAAGUACAGAUAUUGGUGAAGGACGAAUAACACCAAUACCAUCGGAAUAUCCAAAGAAAAAACCAGCAAAACAAGAUGAAUUUAAUAUUGUUCAUAUUGUUAAAGAAACAACACCAGGAAUAUCAGAUCAUGAAAUAUCAUCAAGACCAGUACCACCCGUUAUGGAUACAAUUGUUCAACAAACAUUUGUAUCACCAGUUAAACUUGAUUUCAGUAAAUUAGAUGAAGAUUUACUUCAAAAACAACAACAACAGCAACAACAACAACAACAUGAAGAACCAAUAAUAACAAGUACAGUAACUGAACAAUUAGCUGAACAAACAGCUCAGAUACUUGAUGAUAUUCCACCUACACGUGCUGUUACAUCUCAAUCAGCACCUACACCUGUAGGUGAACGUUUAAGUAAAUCAAAAAUAAUACCUGAUCAAGCACGUGCAUUAGCACAUGCAUUAAAACAUGCGGUUGUUAAACCAUUAAAAAAAUCUAUGAUGACAAAAAAAAAAUCUGUUGAUAUAAAUAGCAAUGAUCAACAAAUUUUACAUACAUCAAUAUCUAAUCGUCCGUCUUUUGUUAAUGAGAAUUCCGAUAAUUUAUUAACUGAAACAUCUGUUGAUUCAAUUGAAUCACUAACUCCUACGACAUUAACACCACCACCAGCUAAACCACCACGUCAUAGUGAUGAAUCGGGUUCAUCAUCAUCAACAGAAAUAAGUUCACCUCCUGCCAAACCACCAAGACAUUUUUCUUUAUAUACCCAUCAACAUCAACAUCACCAUCAUCAUCAUCACAGUACGAAUACUGAUCAUACACUAAUACAACAAACUGAUGAUGUAGUAAAAAAAGUUUUAAAUCUUGUUGAUACAUUUGGUAUCAUAUCCGAAAAUGAUAAUGAUAUGAAUAUACUUCGACAAACACCACCGCCACCAAUCUAUGUUCAACAACCAUCAUGUACAAAUGAAUCGGAUAAUCAAAUUUCAACAGUUGAAACAUUUAAAGUUGAACCAAUAAGAAUAACUUUAAAUACACAUUCACCGAUAAUAACUAAAGCACUUGAUGAACCAUUAACAAUAAUAUCAUCUUCAUCAUCUUCUACUAUUCCUCCUCCUCCUUCUUCUUCUUCUAUAAAUGAAAUCGUAUCUGAACAAAAUUCAGCACCACUUGAAAUAAAACAAUUAGCAGCGCAUUUAACAGAUAAUAUUUUUCAACAAGUUGAAAGACAAUUCGAAGAAAAUCAAAAGAUUCUAACAAAUAUAAGUAUCAAAAAACAGGAUUCAUUCGAUAAAGUUUCAACACAACCACAAACUAUCGUAACAUCACACGUACCAUCCGUUCAUUCAACAUAUCGUCCACUUAUGUUCGUUACACCUGAUUCAGAAUUAAAUACAAGAAAAAACUCAUCACCGCUAGUUGAUAUUGUUACAAUAAAAACAACACCAAAAAUAACAACAUCCGUUACUGUUAUAAGUCCACCACAACCCGAAGUUACAUCAACAACAACAAAUAUUAGUUCGGACGAUGAUGAACAGUUAAAUAGUACUUCAACAUUAAUGCCUAAUAGUAGUAUAGCUUCAGAUCGUUCGAAAUUUCUGCAAAAUAGCAGUAAAGAAAGUAGUGUCGAUUCAAACGAUACAAAUCCAUAUGAUAAUCCGAUACCACAAUUACCAAAUACAGGUAGUGCAACACCAGCACGUUCGCUUCUAUCUGAUUAUGAUAAUUUGCAUGGCUCAUACGGAAGCUUAAAUGAUGAUACACCGCAUCCAUUUCCUUCUGUACCAGCACAACCUUUAACAUCACCAGAAACAGCUCAACCACCACUAUCAGCAACAAAUGCAUCAUCAAUGUCAACUAUCUAUGAAAGUGCAGAUAAUUCACAAGAUACAUCAACGGGAACAUAUGUAACUGCCGAAAGUACAUUAAUGCGUGAUGAUACAAGUAAUUCAACAACAUCAACAAGACGUAUAAAUUCUGAUAUAAGUGAUGAAGAUCUUGUUGAAUCAUAUGAUGUGGAAACACCAGUAUUAACAUCAAGAAACCCAUUUGAUUCAUCAAGAGACAAUCUUGAAAGCAGUAUCAGUAGUCUUGAACAACCAUCAACUACUUCCAAUAAAGAAGCUAUUCUUACCGGCAAAGGAGAAGAAUCACCGUCAUCAUCACCAAAAGCAUCAUCAUUAUUA